AUGGAUUAUAGCUUUGCAAUUAACUGCGGUAGUCCUGAAACGACGAUUUAUGAUGACAUUUUAUACGAAAGAGACGAUGAAACUCUUGGUCCAGCUACUUAUUAUGUUAGCAGCGGUAACAGGUGGGCAGUUAGCAACGUUGGAAUCUUUACUGAGAACAAUAUUCAGAGGUAUACUUCAGAAUUAGCACUUUUCCAGACAGCAAGGGUUUCUACUUCAUCACUAAGAUAUUAUGGUCUUGGACUAGAGAAGGGUAACUACACUGUAAAACUUCUAUUUGGAGAAGAAACAGCUGUCCUAAACUCUAUUUCCUGGAAAAAUCUUGGGAGGCACGUAUUUGAUAUUUAUAUCCAAGGGGAGCUUGUUUUGAAGGAUUUUGAUAUGCGAAAGGAAGCUAGAGGAGUUGAUUCUCGAUUUAUCCGAAAGAACUAUACGGUCCUAGUAUCAGAGAACUACCUUGAAAUCCAUCUUUUUUGGGCUGGAAAAGGAACUUGCUGCAUACCUAAGCAAGAUUCUUCUGGACCCUCUAUUUCAGCCAUCAGUGUUACCCCAGAUUUCGAACCCGUGGUCACCAUGAAGAACAAGAGGACUGAUCUGAGUGUAGGGGCUUCUGUUGGUAUUGGGGUUUCAAUAUUUUUGUGUGUGUUGGGAACUCUUUAUUAUCUUCAAAGAAAAAAGAAGUCUCAUAGCAACAACGACGAAGAGCUUUUAGGGAUCGAUGUUAAACCAUUCACUUUCAGUUAUGCUGAGCUAAAGAUGGCUACUAAUGACUUCAGUUCUGCUAACAAGUUGGGAGAGGGAGGAUUUGGAUUUGUCUACAAGGGAACACUUGAAGAUGGAAGAGUAGUAGCCAUAAAGCAAUUGUCAGUGACAUCCCAUCAUGGAAAAAGCAAGUUUAUAGCCGAGAUUGCUACAAUAUCUGUUGUGCAACAUCGUCACCUAGUAAAAUUGUAUGGUUGCUGCCUUCAAGGAGAUAAACGACUUCUUGUUUACGAAUAUUUGGAAAACAAAAGUCUUGAUCGAGCACUAUUUGACCACAGUUUGAAGCUGGAUUGGGCAACACGUUUCAAUAUUUGCUUAGGAGUAGCAAGAGGUCUAAGUUAUCUUCAUGAGGAAUCACACAUUAGAAUUGUCCACAGAGAUAUAAAAGCCAGCAACAUUCUGCUAGACUCUAAUCUCAACCCCAAAAUAUCAGAUUUUGGUUUGGCAAAGUUUUAUGAUGAUAAAAAGACUCACAUAAGCACCUGCGUUGCUGGGACAUUUGGUUAUCUUGCUCCUGAGUACGCUAUGAGUGGGCACUUAACAGAGAAGGCUGAUGUGUUUGCCUUUGGUGUUGUGGCGCUUGAGAUUGUUUGUGUCCGUCCCCGCUCUGAUCUGACCUUGGAACAAGAAAAAGUUUAUCUUCUUGAAUGGGCUUGGAACUUGCAUGAACGAAAACGUGAAGUUGAAUUGGUGGAUUUAACACUGUCAUCGGAGUUUAAGGAGGAAGAAGUAGUGAGAGUGGUAGAAAUAGCUCUUUUAUGCACCCAAACAUCACCGUAUGCUCGGCCACCAAUGUCUCGAGUGGUGGCAAUGCUUUUGGGUGAUGUUGAAGUAAACCAAAAAAUGUCAAGACCUGGCUACUUCUCUGACUGGAGAUUCAGUGAUGUUAGCAGCAUAGUGAGUGAUAUUACUGCUACUAACCAUUAUUACUCGUCUUCGAGUUUAAACACCAUGGAGGUCAAAUCAUCACCCACUAAUACGACUCGACCUAUACUUUCACAAUCACAAGUACUUUAGAUCAACUUACAUCAUUCCUCUGUUUUUAUUCAAAUAUUAUAAAAUUAGAGAGGUAACAUCUAUUCUUGAGACUGAAUAUCAAGUUAAGUUUAGAUAUGAUUUUUGUGCGCAUGUAAUUACUAAAUUUUAUUGUAUUUUAUAUUGAAAUUAAAUGGUUAUCUCUUAA